AUGCAGGAAAAGAAGAAAGUUGCCAUCGUUGGUAGCGGCUGCACUGGCAUUGCUGCACUAUGGGCUCUCAAAAGUACAAAUCACGAAGUUCAUCUUUAUGAGGCGAAGGAUAGGCUAGGGGGCCAUACCAAUACAGUCCCUUUUAGAUAUGAAGGAAAAACUGUGAAUGUUGAUACUGGCUUCAUCGUUAUGAACAGCGCUACCUACCCGAAUUUUAUUGCCUUUCUGAAAGAGAUCAGAAUACCCACUUCGCCGACUGAUAUGACCUUUGGGGUGUCUCGCGAUCAAGGACUCUUCGAAUGGUCUGGGACGUCUCUCUCUGCUGUAUUCGCUCAGAAAUCCAACUUCUUCAGACCUCGGAUGUGGCAGAUGAUCUUCGACAUUGUCCGAUUCAAUCAAUUCGCGCUGGAUCUGCUUUCUGAGGAAGACGAGAGCGAAGUCGACAUAAGUGGAGCCAACGGGUCAGCCAAACACGUUGGGAAGCCUGCACGGCAACAAAGUAUUGGGGAGUACUUGGACCAAGAGGAUUAUUCAGAAGCCUUUCGCAACGAUUACCUGAUACCCAUGACUGCUUCCGUCUGGAGCACAAGCCCAGACAAAGCUUCGUUAGAGUUUCCGGCCAUUACCCUCGUUCGAUUUAUGUGGAACCACCAUCUCCUCACCGCAGUUGCUGCUCGCCCAACAUGGAUGACGAUCAUAGGCGGCUCGAAGCAGUAUAUUGAUGCUGUAAUGCGUGACUUCCCUGAGGAUCACAUUCAUCUCAAUACCGGGAUCCAAUCCUUGAGCUUCUCAGAGAACAAACAGCUAGCUAUUCAUCGAACAGAUGGUAAAAGAGAGGAUUUCGACCAUGUAAUUCUAGCAACGCACGGCGAUCAAGCAAUGGAUAUCAUUCGCAACAUAGCCACACCACAAGAAACAGAAAUCAUGUCGGGAUUCAAGACCAGUAAGAACACAGCAGUGCUCCAUUCAGACCGCUCGCUCAUGCCAAAGCGAUACGUUGCUUGGUCCUCUUGGAAUUAUAUCACUACCUCCCCAUCUCCCAACACCGCUCCGUCCGUCUGCCUGACUUACUGGAUGAACCUUCUUCAGCACAUUCCCUCCCUCUAUGGUAUGGUCCUUGUGACUCUCAAUCCUCUUCAUCCGCCCAAAUCUGCACAAGGUAGUUGGACAUAUCAUCAUCCACUAUACAAUGCAGCUGCCAUACGCUCGCAGAAACUUCUGCCACGCAUACAAAACACAAGGGGCAUAAGCUAUGCGGGCGCCUGGACUAAGUAUGGGUUCCAUGAGGAUGGAUUCUCGAGCGGGCUCAAGAUCGCCUUAGAGCAUCUGGGGGCAAAGCUGCCGUUCGAGUUCGUGGAUUCGACGUUUUCGAGAGGAAGGAGACCGGUGCUUGGGAUGGGUGCUAGCUUUGGUGCCUCGGAGGGGUACGAAGAACGUUGGGGACAAGAAGAUCCAAUAACAAGAACCUGGCAUCCAACCAUCGACUUCCAACAUACCUUGUUUGCACACAAUCUACCACACACCUUUCAUCUGCUAUUAGACCACACUCUGGGUAACAUGGGAUCCAUGGUCUGGCAGCUAGUCUGCUUUCUGCUCGGGCUCCUGGGCUACUGGAUUGCGGCUUCCGAGCGCCUACUGCCCCUCUACCUCUUCGCCAUAUUGGCUAGAAUCUUCGUACUGUUUCGUCUGUUCUCGUUGCUGGAAUGGCCCAAGAAGCUCCAGCUACUCCGCUUUCUCUUCUGGCGCUUGGGCAUAUACGUCUACAAAACAGCCAAGUUCAUUAUUCUCUCUCUCCUCUUGCUGCUACUGGAAUCGCCGGAGAGUCUUCAACAUUGUUUGAUCGGAGCGAACCGAACACUGCAUCGGCCUCUGCCCUCUACCUCGCGUCUUCUGCUACUCUCGCCUGAACUACGGCAACGAAUAUGGACAAUGCUUCUCGAAGAGUUUGAUUGUGUUCAUGUCAGAGAGGUAGCACCCAGAAUCUACACCAGCUAUGUCGAGCGGCUGCGUCUCUAUAUGGACAUCAACCCCGAAUACUCGACCAUGUGGUUCUCGACAGAACCUUGUCCUCGUAGCUUGCAACUGCAGAUCGCUUUCAUUCAAAGCUGCCGUCAAAUCGACAACGAAGCGGGCUACGACCUUUUCAGCAACACAACCUUCUAUUUCACGGAGGCCAAAGCGCUUGUGUCGUGGAUAAGAAGCCUCACUCCUGCCCAUAAAUGUGACGUUCGCAAUAUGAAGAUCAAGAUGCCAAACGACUUCUUCAACCACUCGGGCAUCACAGACAGCAGUCUCACCCGAGAUGCUGUUCAAGUGCGUUUCGCUAUGGAGAAGCUAAGCGGUCUACGAUCGUUGAACAUCUGGUUCUGGACUAAUCACUGGCUUCAUACUACAAAGCAUGAAGCCCGGGGCGUCUAUGAGCUGGUUAGAAACGUCAAAGUCUCCGAGGUCUUGAUUGUUCAAUUGGCGGAAGAGACGCAUGUCAGGUCUCAAGAGGCCAACUGGACGGAGGUGGGAUGGCCUGCGGAUAGCCAGGAGGAGUUUGCGUACGCUGUUUGGGCAAGGAUUCAUGAUCCGGGAAGUGAGCUGCAACUGCUGGUGCCGGUUGAACAGGGAAGCCAAGCCAAGUUUGUGCUCAAAGUCAAGGAGUACGAGUCUUGA